GCGCAGGAGGCGCCCGGCGAGCCCCGAGAGCGCCAAAUGCUGUGCUUGGUGAUCGCCGCGAUGAAAGCUCAAAUUGAAAUUAUUCCAUGCAAGAUCUGUGGAGACAAAUCAUCAGGAAUCCAUUAUGGUGUCAUUACCUGUGAGGGCUGUAAGGGCUUUUUCAGGAGGAGUCAGCAAAGUAACGCCACCUAUUCCUGUCCCCGACAGAAGAACUGUUUAAUUGAUCGAACCAGUAGAAACCGUUGCCAACACUGUCGUUUACAGAAAUGCCUUGCUGUGGGGAUGUCUCGAGAUGCUGUAAAGUUUGGUCGAAUGUCAAAAAAGCAGAGGGACAGCUUGUAUGCAGAAGUGCAGAAACACCGGAUGCAGCAACAGCAGCGAGAUCACCAACAGCAACCCGGCGAAGCAGAGCCAUUGACGCCAACAUACAAUAUCACUACCAAUGGGCUCACAGAACUGCAUGAUGACCUCAGUAAUUACAUUGAUGGGCAUACCCCUGAAGGUAGCAAAGCAGACUCUGCCGUUAGCAGCUUCUACUUAGACAUACAGCCUUCUCCAGAUCAGUCGGGGCUUGAUAUUAAUGGAAUCAAACCAGAACCGAUAUGUGACUACACACCUGCAUCGGGCUUCUUUCCAUAUUGCUCUUUUACAAAUGGAGAGACUUCUCCUACUGUGUCCAUGGCAGAAUUAGAACAUCUCGCACAGAACAUUUCCAAAUCACACAUGGAAACUUGCCAGUACUUGAGGGAGGAGUUGCAGCAAAUAACAUGGCAAACUUUUCUACAGGAAGAAAUUGAGAACUACCAGAGCAAGCAAAGGGAAGUAAUGUGGCAAUUGUGUGCCGUGAAAAUAACAGAAGCAAUACAGUACGUGGUGGAGUUUGCCAAACGCAUUGAUGGCUUUAUGGAACUGUGUCAAAAUGAUCAAAUUGUGCUUUUAAAAGCAGGGUCUUUAGAGGUUGUAUUUAUCAGAAUGUGCCGUGCCUUUGACUCCCAGAACAACACAGUGUACUUCGAUGGCAAAUAUGCUAGCCCUGAUGUAUUCAAGUCAUUAGGAUGUGAAGAUUUCAUUAGUUUUGUUUUUGAAUUUGGAAAGAGCUUAUGUUCUAUGCACCUUACUGAAGAUGAGAUUGCAUUAUUUUCAGCUUUUGUUUUACUCUCUGCAGACCGAUCAUGGCUUCAGGAGAAAGUAAAAAUAGAAAAGCUCCAACAGAAGAUUCAGUUAGCACUUCAACAUGUAUUACAGAAGAACCACCGAGAAGAUGGAAUCUUAACAAAGCUAAUAUGCAAAGUGUCUACUUUAAGAGCACUGUGCGGGCGACAUACAGAAAAGCUUAUGGCGUUUAGAGCAAUAUACCCAGACAUUGUGCGACUUCAUUUUCCUCCAUUGUACAAGGAGUUGUUCACUUCAGAAUUUGAGCCAGCAAUGCAAAUGGAUGGGUAAACGUAUCACCUAAGCACUUCUAGAAUGUCUGAAGUACAAACUUUAAAAGAGAAAAGGAAAAAAAGAUAAUAGAAACCAAGACACUUUAUAUGGUCCUGCAUAGACCUAGGGAGCCAACACACUGCACAUCUUCUGGCGAAUGGGGUCAGGCAGAAAAAAUGGGGGAAAUGACACAAAAGUUGAACUUGUUUUUCUCACACAAAUGAUUUCCAUGAUCCCUACCGAUAUGGACCCUUUUUUUGUCUUGACUUCUGUCUUUGACUUCUGUUUAUGCAGAAUGAGGGUACUAAAAAAUCAGGAGGUUUCCUUUUCCUUGAAACUCACUGCCCACAGACUUUCACAGAACGACGUUUUGUUAGUAAGAACAGAAUCUCCAGCUAGAAACCAGCGACUGGUGUGCAUUGCAGAGGCUUCAGCAUCAGUUUGCACAACUUGCUCAUUGUUUCAUGAAGG